AUGAGUAUCUGCUUCGGGGCAUAUCUACGUGAACUGGGACGGGGACAGUUAUGGGGGCAUCGUGUGCUAUCGGUGUGCAAGCUGAGCAAGCUACCCCUGUCCGUUUGUGUCACGGUCGACUUCGGCGUCGCUUAUCCCUCUUCCGACCACCCGCGGGAGCUGAUCGGAAUCAAGGCCGACAUCUGGUCCCUGGCUACCGCCAUGUUCGAAAUCCGCUUCGGCUUCCCACCCUUCGGCACCAACAACCACGCCCCCAGCUCCAUUCCCAGCAUGGAGGAGUCCAUGGGUCCUGUUCCGCAUCCUUUCCGGGCUACAAUUCGAGAGUGGUACAAGUUUCCCGCCGAAUCAGAAGAAGAGUUACAGGGCAAGAGCAACUCAGAGCUGUCCUACAUCGCUACCAACCCCGAAGAGAUGGAAAAGAACCGCAAGUUUCACAUGGAGGAGCGAGGCGCCAAGGACCCCAUGAUCUUCCGCAUCUUGUAUCCCCGCAGCAUGAACAUCAGCCCCGCGCAGGCAGAGGACAUCGCCAACCAGGCCAAGAGCAACCCGGCGCAACUCCCAUUGUGGACUCCGAUCCCACCCAACCCCGACAGGCGCGCCUACUACUCCCGGAAAGACUAUCUCAAGUUCGUGCCUCCCAAGGAAGAGGUCGAAGUGUUCUGGGAUCUCGAUAGACCGACCAUUGAGCAGAUCAUGGAGCAGCCUUGGUUCGAGGACCGCAAGGAGCGCAGAGUCGCUGCCGUCAAAACCGACAUCACCACCGCAGAAGCUGGCAUUGCCGGCUCCAUCUCUACGAAGUUGGGACAGAUCAAGUCACACAUCAACAACUGGUUCAACAUCCUUUUCUGGGACGAAGAGAAGGAGAAAACAAAGGGUCCAGACUUCCUCUGGCGCUACGUCUGGCAGCCUACUUUCAAGGCGUUCGACAAGAUUUCUGGGGUUCCUACUGCCAUCUUUUGGCUCCUCAUGAUUGUUCCGGCGGCGUGGGUCAUCAAGAGAAGGAUCGACCGGGGUGGCAAUGUGUUCUUUCCAAGCAGCGUCAGAGGGCUUCGGCAUUGA